UUCAUGAGCGAUCUCGCGUGUGCCGGAGCCGGGGGCGCUGCGGCCGCGUGUGCCGGGAUCGGGAUCGGGAUCGGGAUCGGGGUCGGGAUCGGGAUCGGGAUCGGGAUCGGGAUCGGGACCGGGAUCGGGAUGGGCAGCGCGGCCGUGCCUCUGCGGGUCCUGGUGGACAUGGACGGGGUCCUGGCCGAUUUCGAGGGCGCGGUGCUGCGGGAAUUCCGCGCUCGCUUCCCGGCGGAGCCGCGCGUGGAGCUGGCGGAGCGCAGGGGCUUCUCGGUGCGGGAGCAGUACCGCAGGCUGCGGGAGGACCUGGCGAGCCCUCGACUGUCCUGCAGUGACCAGAAGGAAGGAUGAAGUCUGCAUUCACCCAUUUGUAAUUUUGCCUUGCAAACCUCUCUGUUAUUCAUUCAUCAGCCAACAUUAAAAAUGGCAGCAKUUUGCAUGGACGGAGGGUGUUCCAGCAGCUUUCUCCUGCUGUUCCUGAUCUCUUACCUGCCGUGCACUCCACUUGUCAGGGCACGCAGAGRGAAACAGAAUGGAUACAGAAUUUCAUUCUGUACAAACCCAGAUAAAACAUUUUUAGCUCUUGUUCUGCGGUGGGGCUGUGUGAACACGUUCAGGGUGCUCAGGGAGCUUUGGCUGAGGUAUUACUGUGCUGCACAGCAAGAGGAAGAGCAGGAGAAGGUGAAGAGCGAAUAGUUUGGUGACGGAAUUCUCACACACACAUCCCUUUGUAAAGGGCUGGUGAUCCUCUCGAUCAUCACUACACAAAKAGGGCUGCAUGAAACACAAAAUUACAAAUAAUGUGAAUCCAGAUUUCACCCUUCCUUUUGGUCACUCAAGUCCCUGAGGAAACUGCUGAGCCAGGCUGUGCUGAGCACUUGCCCUGAGAAGUUCAUUGCUCAUUUUAAGAUACUUAGACCCAUUUUAAGAUCCCGUACUGAGCCUGGGGUUUUUUUACUGCUAAGAAAUGCCAAUUUUCUGCUAAGAAAUGACAAUUCACUUUCAUUUCACUCCUGUUCCAUAAUGAGGUAAAGGUUCCGGCACCAGAGUAUGGGGCAGGAGGUUCUGGAUCCAGUCAGCGUUUCCACAGGCUCCAAAGUGGCYGAGCUCUGAUC